AUGGCUAACCCCGCGAUGCGUCCUUCACAAGACGGAAUUAUACAGUGCAACUGUAGGGGCGCUACCUCUAAAAUUGAAGAAAUCAAAACGAAACUCCAGUACAACAAGCUACAUACUGUGACUCAGCCUGGCACUUUUUACCUCAUGUUCCGCUCCUUCAGUAGUGAUCCUGCGCUUGGAAACACCGCGAAAUGUGUCUCCAAAAGACCAAUCAAGGUCAUGGAAAGCAGAGUGAAGUACUUGAAGCCUUCGGAUAAAUCAUUCUAUCAGGGACUGCAGCGAUUGCCGUCCCUAAUAUAUGUCUAUUAUGUUUGUUCGAUGGCAGGGACCACUACAUAUCGGCUCGUCUAUUCGGAUUACGGAAUCUGUGACGUGUUCGUCGUUUCGGACACAAACGAAAAAAAAUGUGAACUCUGGGUCAAAGAAGGCUAUCAACAAUACGCUGAUGAUAUUGCAAACGCGGUUGCUUCCAGAGACCAAUCAAUUGUCGACGUUAACAUCACUAAAUGCAAACAAGAAUACUUAAACCGAUGCAAAGAGCAAUACCAAAUCUACGAUAAAGAUAUGUGCAGCGGACAUGAAAAAUGA